AUGGACUCGAUCCAAGCGGGAGAUAGCAAUAGCAGAAAGUUCGAUCUCGAUGAUGCUUGUCGUCUCAAAUCAGAUCCAUCGUUGGUUGGAUUCGUCACUAGAACAUAUUACGAUGCUGAUACACAUGGACCACUGAAUCAUCUCCUGGUUCUCUCCUACUCUUCUGUGCCCCAGCACGAGCUGACUGAAUUCCUGGAAACCGGCGCGCCAUCGAAAGGGUACGUCUUUGUCAGCUUCGCGGAGCCCUCGCAAGGGUCAUCACUUAUACAUGAAGACGAUCUUGACCUUGUCAAUCGGCCUAUGCCGUUAGGUCAAAUCGUGAAACGAGGCUCAAGAGAUACUAUCAGUGGCACGGUAAUCAGCACAUCUAGGAAAUGCGAUAUCGAACCGGUUGCUUAUCGGACACUCGAUCCAACGACGGGAGACUAUGGCCCUUUACAAUUCACGGAGAAAGCCGUGCAGUCUGACUUUGAAGCGGAUAAGACGGAUGAUUUGGAAUCUCGGAUACUGCGUGAUAUUCCCCUGUCAGAGCUUCAGCAUUACGAACCAUUCAACGAAGGGGAUUAUAUAGUCUACCGGCAGAAAGUAGGGGUGAUCCAAAACAUUGACCGUGAUGUGGUUCUACUUCUUCAGAAUCAAACGGCCGUGUCUCCGUUGAACCCUUCAGCCCUUGAGAUCCCGCUCGAUAUUGGAUCAAAACCUAUAGUUUCAUUACCUAGCCUUCCAGAUACAGUGAAAUUGAAACCCUUGGGCAAUGGGGAGUCUGUCUGGACGACGGAACCUCAGCUUCUAUACCCGGGCCAAUACGCAUUCACAACAUCCAGAAAUCUGAGAAGUGGGUACUGGAUUUCUGGUGCUUACUCAGGGCUGGAACGACCGGAAGGUCAUGUCAUAGCCACACCAGCUAUGGAUAUACAUGUUGAUUGGCUGUGUCCCAAUGUUUUCUCAGUGGGGGGCUCUUGUGAGGGGCCCAGUAAAGAAGUGAUAAGGGCAUCUACACUGGAGGGACACGCUGUAAAAUGCGACUUUGGCAAGUUGCCCUCUGGUCACUUCAAAGAACAAACCGUCAAGUCCGAUAUAUGGCUUAGUAUUGGAGAUAGAGUUCGCUUCCGAGAUCCAAUAGACGCCGCUGCUAAAUACUCGCAAUAUCAGCCUAUCCCAAGUGACCAAUCAUUGGGGUACGAUCUGAAUGUAUUUCGGAUCAUAUCAUCCAAGACAGAAGUCACCAUUCAAUGGCAGGAUCUCAGUAUCACGACGGAAGAUGCCACAGCUGUGCAUAGAGCUACAGAAACAGAAGCCGAAGUUUGGCCGGGAAAUCUCGUCGUUUUGAGAGAGGCGGUCGAGAAAGUUCAUGCGCAUAUGGACGGCGGUUACGAAACACUUCGUCCAAAGAAAAUUGGCGUUGUACAGAUUGUUGAUAGCCGGGAGAGAAUAGCAUCAGUCCGCUGGUACAAGGAUCCAGAUGUCGAGCUGCUUCACGAGGGGAAUAUGCUAAGGGCUUCUUCGGUCCUGGGAGAACUUGGUGAUAUAACCACAGAUGUCUCCUUGUAUGAAUUGAGUUCCUAUCCCAGCCUGAGCAGGUCCCUCGAUAACCUGGUACUUCUGGUCCCGGAUAAGGUCCACCAGUCAUUGGUACCGUCAGGUGCUACUAACGUACCGCCAAUGGCUCUGGGAACCGGUCUACACAGUUUUCUGGGUCCUAUCGCAUUCUCCCAGGCUUGCAUGUAUCUCGAAGACAUAAAGGAAGUGAUAGUGACUAUGGACUGGUUCAAAAAUACAACCGAAGUUGAUUCGUCUUCCCUGCCUCCACGCUUCAGUUUCCAUCGCGAUGAACACGGUCUCAAAACGCCUGUCGAUUUCAUCGGCCGGAUAAUCGCAAUUGGUACUGACGGUACCAUUAUUGUUCGACUUGCGGGAGCUGAUAACUGCCGCGAUAUUCGUGUGCCCAGGGAGAAAAUUCUUAUGGUGAUUGAUGAUGAGAGUGCAGCUCCAAUUCCACCUUUUUCAACAGUUUCAACCCUUUCGAAUUUGCAAUCUGCAAUAUCUGCACUUUUGAGAUUGGACGAAUCAUCCGCACAAAUCUACACGGCCCUCGAGCAGCUUAGUGAUGAAACAUUUGAAUACGAUGGGGGCGAACGUCUUGACGACGACAGUGGUGACUACCUAUGGAUGACAGAAGACGAAUCCGACGACCGUGAUGAAGAAGGGGAUUUGAAUGUUGAACAGAUUGAAACCGACGAUGAUAGUGAUGGACUUGUAUCUAAAGUCGCAGAAAUCAGUGCUGCUGAAAAGUCCGAUUCUGAAGAAGAGGAUUCUCAUAUCAAGCACGAAAUCACGGAAUCGCUUAGUCUCUCGUCUAGCCAGGCAGAGUCUUGUCCCGCAAGCUUUUAUGUGCUAGAGAGCCCUCCUCCAUCUGAUCAUAACUUUCUUUCAAAAUCCAUGCUAGAGGCUUCUGGGCCUCGGCUCAAACGGAUUCGCAAAGAGUAUGAUAUUCUCAAGUCCUCGUUGCCUCCCGGGAUCUUCGUUCGGACAUGGGAGUCUAGGAUCGACCUGAUGCGAGCCUUGAUCAUUGGACCUCAGGGAACGCCAUACGAGUAUGCACCCUUUGUGAUUGAUUUCCAUCUGCAAGAUGACUUUCCCAACUCACCACCGGCAUCCUUUUUCCACUCGUGGGCCAAUGGAUCGGGGAUGAUCAAUCCUAAUCUGUAUGAGGACGGUAAAAUCUGCCUCAGCAUCCUCGGGACGUGGCCCACCAAGAACCCAGAUGAGAGGUGGUCUCCUUUCAAAUCUACUAUCCUUCAGGUCUUGGUUUCCAUCAUGGGGUUGGUGCUGGUGAAAACGCCAUUCUACAACGAAGCUGGAUAUGAAGUACUCGCGGCCGAAGACAAAAACCGGGUUGAGUCUGCUCAAUAUACGGAAAAGGCAUUUUUGAUGACACGAACUUUCAUCAAGCAUGCCCUCGAAAACCCCGUUGCAGGGUUCGAAGAUAUUCUAACCUGGAAUUACCUCCCAGAUCUUACGCAUAAUUACAAUAGCUCCAAUCGCCCUCGAUUACUGCAAAAGGCUAUAGAUGAAGCCCUGACGAUGAUUGAGCAUCACAAUAAUACCUCUAGGAGCCAGGAGCUCGACGAGCAUACCGUGGCGUCGCCAUUCGUUCGCCGUCUUAGUCUGGGGGCAGUUGUAAUGCUUCGAAAGCAUAUAACUGCUCUUGAGAAGAUUGUAUCAGACCUCAUUCCUGGGUCUGCGCCUGAAUGA